AUGGAGCCUGACUCCCCUGCACCCUCACCACCAACAUCUCCCAGUACUCGAGUGACGCGGCAGUCGAGACGUGCUACAUUUGAAUGUGAAGACUGUGGUAAGAAGUUCCUGACAGAGCAGAUGAAGACGACACACAGCUUAAUACACUUGGGGGAGAAACCACAUGGGUGUGAGCUGUGUGGGCGACACUUCCGGCGAGCUGAUGAGCUGCAGCGACACAAGACCAGGCAUAGUGAGGAGGAUGGAAUAUGCUGCUUUGUCUGCAGCUUGGAGCUGGACAGCUGUUCGGAGCUGGUUGAUCACAUGAAGAAACACUCUAUCAACUUCAAGUCUAAGAUGUCAAGUGCGGGCUACACAUUCCGCUCGUCCUCUGUGGUGAAGAGCUAUCGGGACCUGUUCGGCUCCGGCAACCCACAACCUUGUUAUGUCUGCUUCAGAGAUUUCCCAGGAAGUGCAGAGCUUCUUGAGCACCUGGGACAGCACACUGCUGUGGAGCUUUGA